AUGAAGAAGCAUGCCGUCACUAACGUGGCUGCAAUGCUGGGGCGGCGAGGGUACAUGGUCACUAACAGGAGUACACUUCUUAGAAAGCCUCUCAUCUCGAGGGCAGUACUGAUAUUCAAUCGCAAUCUAUCUGGACUUGUGGCGAAGGCGAGGACGUUGGUAAAAGCAGCGGAGAAGGAUGGCGAUACGGUGGUUUCAGAGUGGCAGCAAAUACAUGCGGAAUUUCCCAAGUACUACCUUUUAGCGCCUAUUCCUCAGCUUGGGGCCUUCUUGGCGUUACUUCAUUCCGGGUAUAGUGGCAGUGAUAACGACACGUUACGGAAGGUUGUUGGGAAUACCGAGACUGUAUAUAAACUUCUAAGUCGUUUGGUAGUCGUUGAGGAGGGCGGCUCGAGCGUUGCCCCGAUCGACGAACUCGGUACGUUGUUGACUGAGUCCUGUGGUAAAGUGACGGACUUGAUAGAAGUCUUGGCGGCUCACAGCGCGGUGGUCACUUCUUCCUCAGCAGUUGAAACCACAGCUGACGUCCAAGAUGGUAUAGCCUCGGUUUCGAUGACUGUGAUGGUGUGUGUUGGCUUUAGGGUAUCAUACUCGUCUUGCAGGGUAUACUAG